AUGCUUCGAAACAUAAACGAGUGUACCGAAUAUGGAACACAUUUUUUAUUGACAUUUCAAUUCAUAGUUCUAGAUGGUAUUAGGGAUAUGUUCAUGAAUAUUCGACGUUUUGUCAGGUGGUAUACAUUAGAUUACGAUAUGGGUCACGCGUUGUGCAAUAUCUGGUGGCUAUGGUUUAUUUAUCAAUGUAUUCAUAUCAUUUUUAUUCACACUAGGAUUUUUCAAAAUUGCAAUUUUAUGUUUUGGGCAACAGUUAAAACUAUCACAUACACUAUUGACUUUUUGAUAUGGGUCCCAAAGGAAUUUUGGUGUCCAAUGCUUAUUUCACUAGUUGUUACUUCAGCAAUUUUCUAUUGUCACCACCGAAAACGCUCUCGAGUCAGUGAGCUGAUGUGGACGUACGUGGACGAUGAAAAUGAUAUUCCCGUUAAUAUUUGUGACAUUCGAAGAAAUCCUAAAGCUGUUGUGGGAUGGGGAGAUCGCGACACUACCGCAGAACCCGUUGAGUGCUACCUGGCACCCACAAAAUGCGUGAAGAUCAGUGGGAUGGUUGGAAUGAUUCCGGAAAUGUCAAUGACUGAUAAUAUAGCAAGGAUUAACAAACAUCUGAAAGAGAGAUUGGCUGCUGAUAAGACACAUGGAGGGACUUGGCCAUGGGUGAAGGUUACUGUAGAUACACGUGUCGCUUUGGUUUAUAUCAAGUUUCGGGAGGUUGAGGACUCAACUAUGUGCUUCAAUUUGCUGGAUGGAUAUUGUUAUGACGGUUAG